UGGAGACACCUGCUCCACCAGGGAAAAGGAAACAGAAGGCUGAGGGUCAGGAACUCCCACCCCCAAUGUCUUUAGCUGCUAGAGAGCUAGAUAAUGCCAUUUGUCACAUCUGUCAGGAGUAUUUAACAGACCCGGUGACUAUAGAGUGUGGGCACAACUUCUGCCAGGGCUGCAUCACCCAGCGCUGUGAGGGGGUGGAGACAGCUGCCUGUCCUCAGUGUGGAGAAAUGUUCCAGAAAAGAGCCUUCAGGCCCAACACGCUGCUGGGCAGCAUAAUACAGUCCAUCAAACAAGUGGCGUUAAAGCCAGAACAAAAGGGAAGGGAAGGGAACGUCUGUGAGGAACAUGGCAAAGAGCUCACAUGGUUCUGUAAGAAGGAUUCCAAAGCCCUUUGUGAGGAUUGCAAAGGAUCCCUGGCUCACCGCUCUCACGCUGUGAUUCCCAUGGGAAUGGCUGCCCAUGAGUCCAAGAGGGAGGCAAGCACAUCAAGCAGGAGUGAAAAUGUGAAUGUUCAAGAACAGGAAACCAGUUCUACUCAACAGCAGGAACUCAGAGCCAUGGCCUCUGCCCAUCCUUUGAGGAAGCUACUGGAAGAAGUGGUUUGUCCCACGUGUCGGAGUUACUUCAAGGAUCCAGUGAGCAUAGACUGUGGACACAACUUCUGCCGAGUUUGUAUCACAGAGCACUAUGAAAAAAUGGAAAUGGAAACAGAGGAAGUUUUCUGUCCACAAUGCAGAAAAAAUAUCAAGAACGAGAAUUUCCAGACCAACAGGCAGCUUGCCAGAAUGGUGGAAAAUAUCCAGCAAUUAGGGAUAAAACCUGAAGACCCAAAAAAGCAGAUAAUCUGCAGGGAGCAUGAGGACAAACUCAAGCUGUUCUGUGAAGAUGAUGGUGAGGUGAUCUGUCUGGUUUGUGAUAACACCCAGGAGCACAGAUCUCACACGCUGGUGCCCACUGAGCAGGCUGUGCAGGAAUACAAGGUGAAACUCCACAAAGACAUUGAGCUUCUGAAGAAAGCAGUAGAGGAGAUUUCAAAGUUGGAAUCCAAGGAACAAAAUAAACCCAAUGACUGGAAGGAAAGAGUAAAGUGCCAGAGACAGCGAAUCUUGUCUGAAUUUGAGAAACUACAACUGCUUCUGAAUGAGGAAAAGGAACUCUUUCUCCAGAGACUGGCAGAGGAAGAGAGGGAGACUUUGAAGAAACUAAAUGAGAAUGUAACCAAACUCGCCCAGCAAAGCUCCUCUCUUCAGCAGCUGAUCUCAGAGAUCCAGGAGAAGUGUCUGCAACCGGCCAUGGAGCUGCUGAAGGAUGUAAAGGACACACUGAUCAGGAGUGAGCAGGUGAGACUGCAGAAACCAGAGCUCAGUGCUGCUGAACUGAAGGAUGCGUACGGAGUCCCUGGCAUGAUGGAAAUGCUGCGGGAAUUCACAGUGGAUGUGACUCUGGAUCCAGACACGGCAAAUCCCAACCUCGUCCUGUCUGAGGAUCGGAAACGUGUGAGACACAGAGACACAAGACAGGAUCUGCCCGACAACCCUGAAAGAUUUGAUCUUUGUCCCUGUGUCCUAGGCACUGAGGGAUUCACAGGCGGGAGGCAUUACUGGGAGGUGGAGGUGGGAGAUAAGACUGACUGGGACCUGGGAGUUUGUAGGGAAACUGUGAGCAGAAAAGGGAAGGUCACAGUCACACCUAGGAAUGGAUACUGGGCCAUAUGGCUGUGGAAUGGGGAAUACAAGGCCAACAACUCCCCCUCGACCCUCCUUCCCGUAAGCGUCAGGCCCAGCCGGGUGGGGAUUUUCCUGGACUAUGAGGCGGGCGAGGUCUCAUUUUACAAUGUGACUAACAAAUCCCAUCUGCUCACUAUCGCUGACACCUUCUCUGGGAUGCUCCGCCCUUAUUUCAGUUCCUAUCUCAACAAGGAGGGUAAAAACUCAGCUCCCCUGAUAAUCUGCCCGAUCCCCGCUCAUAGACUCAUAGACUCAUAGACUUUAAGGUCAGAAGGGACCAUUAUGAUCAUCUGGUCUGACCCCCUGCAUGCUGCAGGCCACAAGACCCUUCCCUGGACUCUGCUGUUGAAGUCCCCAAUCCUGUGUUUUAGUGACUUCAAUCGGCAGAGACCCUCCUGCUAGUGAUCCCUGCCCCAUGCUGCGGAGGAAGGCGAAAAACCUCCAGAGGCUCAGCCAAUCUACCCUGGAGGAAAAUUCCUUCCCGACCCCAAAUAUGGCGAUCAGUAAGACCCCGAGCAUGUAGGCAAGAGUCUCUAGCCUGACCCUUGUUGGCCAUUAUACUAUUUACGUACCAUCGCUUGGUUUUCCUUGGCUACUAUGUUUUACCAUUAGACCAUUCCCUCCAUAAACUUAUCUAACUUAAUCUUAAAACCAGACAGGUCCGUCGCUCCCACCGUUUCCCUCGGAAGGCCGUUCCAAUAUUUCACCCCUCUGACGGUCAGAAACCUUCGUCUAAUUUCAAGCCUGAACUUCCCCACGGCCAGUUUAUAUCCAUUCGUUCUCGUGUCCACAUUAGUACUAAGCUGGAAUAAUUCCUCUCCCUCCCUUGUAUUUAUCCCUCUGAUAUAUUUAAAGAUAGCAAUCAUAUCCCCCUUCAGCCUUCACUUUGUCAGACUAAACAACCCAAGCUCCUCUAGUCUCUUUUCAUACGAUAGGUUUUCCAUUCCUCUGAUCAUCCUAGUGGCCCUUCUCUGCACCCGUUCCAGUUUGAGUUCAUCUUUUUUUUUGAGUUUCAUCUCAGGCCAGAGGAAAUCUUAGUCCCUGCCAGUGACACCCACGGCAGACACUGUCCCCUCCCAGCGCUGACCAGCCCUCAGGCCUGUUGCCCUGGGGAUAUCUAAAGAGCAUCAUCUGCCUGCCUCCCACCAUCCCCUCACCUCUCAGUUCCCAGCCCCAGGCCUGUGAUCUGGGGGAGGGGAGGGGGCAGAGAAAGGAGUGGGGGAAGCAGGUUGCAGGGCAGAGGAGGGUGGGUGCAAUAUCAAGGAUGGCUGCUGUGGAUGAGGGUGGUGUGAGAAGGGGGCUGCAGCAGCAGGCAGGGCCACCCAGAGGAUUCAGGGGGCCUGGGGCAAAGGAAUUUCGGGGGGCCCUUCCAUAAAAAAAGUUGCAAUACUAUAGUAACAUGUAUUAGGAAAUGUA